UACACAAAAUCUCCUGUGCACAUAUUGUGGAAUAUAUAUUCUUAAUUAAUAUGUCAGUAAUCAAGAGUUUGUAGUGUCAGGUCUGUGUCGGUUGUCAGCGUGUAAUGGUGAUUGUCUUGUGCUUCAGGAGACGUGAUGACCGGAGUGUGCUUCGUGGGGCUGUGGAACGUGAAGGCGCUGCAGUGGUUCGUGUUGGCGCCUCUCUUCUUCUACCUGGUGAUGGGAACGGCUUUCCUCCUCACGGGCUUCGUCUCCCUCUUCAGGAUCCGAACCAUCAUGAAGCACGACGGCACGAAGACCGACAAGCUGGAGCGGUUCAUGGUUCGCAUCGGGGUGUUCAGCGUGUUGUACACCGUCCCCGCCACGGCCCUGGUGGCCUGUCUCUUCUACGAGCAGGCCUACCACGACGAGUGGAUGGUGGCGUGGCAGCGGGAGAAAUGUGGGUCCCGCGAGGAGCCGUGGGUCACCUACAGCAUAAACUGUCCCGCCGGCGUCGACCACGACACGCCGCUCUCCAAGCCGGACUUUAUCUUCUUCAUGGUGAAGUACCUGAGCACCCUGGUGGUCGGGAUCACCUCGGGCUUCUGGGUGUGGAGCAGCAAGACUCUGGCCGUCUGGAAGAACUGCUACAACCGCUGCUUCGGCCGCAGAACGGAGAGUUAUGUGUGACAAUCCGCCCCCGCCUGGCCCACUUGCCCCCCUACCCUCACGCAGGGAGGGGUCGCCGCGCCCCUGACCCCCCAGCCGCCCCCCUCCACCGCCACCACCACCGCCGUGGCCAGACUCCUGCCUGAGGAGGCUGUGCCCUUCAGACCCUCUCGCACUCCUGAAGAGACCAACUUCUGAAGCAGGUGGUGGGUCGUGGUGGGUGGGGUGGAACGGCUGGGGCGCCGUGGCGUCAUGCACUCAAGUCGGUUACUCAGGAGUUCGCAAGAGUAUCCAAAAACCACGUCACAAAAUCCGAGAAACCGUCUACAUAACUCGCGAGAUAGUUGCCAAUGACAAAAUUUACCACUGUUCAAAAGUUCAAAAAGCAAAAAAAAAAUAAAGUUAAUGUUCUAACACACUACACUGUCCAAGUGUAGUGUUAAUAGUAAUAUUCUGAUUUAGCACUGUUAAAAAACGACUCUUUCGGGAGGCUGCACUUAUAAUUCACCGUAUAAGUAUGUUUUGGCACUUAUCUGAUGGCGCGAAAGGUUUCCCAGUUCCCGAGGCAGAGCGGGAGGGCACGAGUUCCUGGGCCAGAGCGGGAGGCACCAGUCGCUCUUAGGAAAAGCGACGAAUUUUAUUGUUAUAUUUUAGUUUUUUUUUUGUUUUGUUUUUUUAUGAAAAUCCUCUUUUUUUUGUAGAGUUUUAUUUGUUUGUAUGUAUUAUUGAGUUGAAUGGCGGUGAACGGUGAGGUGCAGAGCGCACUAUGACUCGUGCAGCAAUGGGUUCAAGUCUCUCUCAGGUCGACGACUCCUGUAGACACACAGCUCAAAAUUGUGGACACAAACGCAUUUGAGAUCCAACAACUGGUGUAAGCAAGGUGUGUACCUUCCUUAGCUGCACAUGCUCCUUAUAUAUAUAUAUAUAUAUAUAUAUAUAUAUAUAUAUAUAUAU